ACAGAGCUCACCAUCAAGUCCUUCAGCAACACCGACUGCACCGGCACGGAGCUGGCUUCGCAAGAGGGCGUCUUCAUCCCGUACUCGAUCGGCACGGGGGCGGUCGGAUGCGACGAGUCAUCGCUCGCUCCAGUGUGGCACGACGCGUCAAACCCAUCGAACCCGUCGCCGUAUGACUCCUGCCAGCUGGGCAUCCAGUACACCUGCGUCCGCGUCGAGAACCCGUGCUUUGACCGCGCAACUGCGCACGCGUGCCGCAUCCUGGUGCCCGACGCAACCGCGCCCGCCGCCUACGAGGACUGCUUCGGCGCUGGCUCGGGCGGCGCGGCGGAGAAGGUGCUCAUGGCCGAGCUCCGAUCUGGCGACCGCGUGCUCUCUUCGAUGGCCGAGAUUGCGCGCGUGAUAGUCAACCAGCACAAGGAGGUGGUGCUGUCGGCGCGGAUGGUGCGCAUCAGCCACAGCGGCGGCUCGCUCGCACUCACCCCCGACCACGUCCUUCGUGUCGACGGCGUGCUCGCGGCGGCGCGAGAUGUCAAGCCCGGCUCGAAUCUCGAUGGUGCAAAGGUCGAGAGCGCGACGCUCACCACGGGCGCGAUCAUCAACCCCGUCACUACCUCUGGCUACAUCCUCGCCGCCGGCCCCAAAGGCACCCCCGUCGUGGCGUCAUCGCACCCCGAGUGGAUUGCACCGUUCAUGCUUUCUGCCACGGGGCUGCUCGUCUCCGAACGCUCGCUCUGCUCAAGCCUCGCCCGCCUUUUCCCCGAGUCGGCCCAGGCGUUUUACGACGCGCACCUUGAGGCUUUCCUCGCGGGCCGCCAGGCGUCCCUCAACACCAUUGCCCGCGCUCCCUCACCGGUCCUCCUCGCCGCCGUUGUGGCACUCGACUUGGGGAUCGCGGCAGCGUUCCUGCUGCACAGCUUUGGCUUAACGCGCCUUAUUUGCAUGAUGGGAGCGGGCGAGUUGGCGAUGCUUACUGCGACGCGGCGUAUAGCCGGGGCGAGGGCGCUGGACAACUGCAUCCUGUACGUACUCACCGAGGAGGCGUUUGAGGAGGUCAUGCGAUACUACCCGAACCACUACGAUACCAUCCUCGAGCAAAGCCUCGCCGCGCUGGAGGCCACGCUGCGCUCAAACGAGGCCACGCUCGAGACCCGCAUGAUAAAGGCAUAG